AUGGCCGAAGCUACCCCGGCAACAAGGUCUAAAAUUGAGCCCCCGGGGAGCCCCCGGGGGAGAAUAUUCCAGAAGGUGUUGGGGUCUGGACUGACCAUAAAGCCUCAGCAGAAAGGAGAGCCUGACCUGUCAGAGGAAGAGAAGGUGUCUUACCUCUCUUUCCUCCUGGAAAAACCUGGGGUCUUCCUAAUGAGGUUUGGGAGGGUUCUGGACCAGACUGACCUGGCCUUCUUCUCCGGGAGCUCUGACUAUGAGGUUCAGUUCAGAGUGAGGCACCUGGCGAGUGAUCUGGUCCCCGAGAACAGACGGCAGAGGACGAGCAACAGGCGCUACCAGUGCAUGAAGGAGCUGAUGGAGAAAACCGACUAUUUCUCUCAGGAUGAGAUGAGGACGAGAAACCCGCUACUGUUCCAGCAGUAUGUGGGUCAGUACAUGACUGAGGAAGAGCUGGCCGAGUUCGACGGAGGACGCACGUCGGACAUGACUCUCUCUUCUUUCAUCAUGACGAGAAUGAGGCUGGACGAGAGGAGGGAGAGAGAGAGGCAACAGAGAGAGAGAGAGGAAGAGGUGGUGGAGGAAGAGGAUAGUUCUAGUGGAGAGGAGAGUGAGAGGGAGAGGGUGGAAGAUGCCUCAGAGGAGACAAAGAAGGAAAUGAGGAGGGAGUUUCUCCAGGCAAUGCAGCUCAGUUUCCUGAGAGGAGAGGAUGCCGGGUUUGACUACAGCUCCGUGGACCAUGAUGAGCUGUAUGACAGUGUGGAGACUCAGCAGCAAGAUGGCGAGGAUGCCUACUUUGAUGCUGAAGAGCCUGAGUGGUGUACUGACGGAAAGCAGUCCCCUCCUGACACACACGAAGAAGAUAUGGACGCAGAAAGAUAG